AACAAAUAGAAAUAGUCAUGUUAACACGACGUUGUCCUUCGACAAACCGGAAGUUACAUUGUCAUCAUCUAUCAGUGAAAAAUGGCCGACGAAGAAGAUAUUUCACCUCAACAGACGGAAAAAUUAAUUCAAUUCCAGGAUUUAACUGGAAUGGAAAAUAUGGGAAGAUGUAGAGAAAUAUUAGGAAGACAUGGCUGGAAUUUAGAGACUGCAGUACAAGAUACCUUUAAUGAGAGGGAAGGAGCUCCCACCGUUUUUAAUCAACCCACACCUGAACCACGCCCUCCAACUAUGAACUUACAACCUAGGGGUCAAAGGGUGUAUACUGUAGGGCGUCGACAGCCCCAGGGUAUAUUACAGUGGGGGUAUUUUGUUAUCCUCUUUCCAUUCCGAUUUGUAUAUAGCACUUUUUACGAUAUAUUAUUAUUUGUGUAUAGAUUGUUACGCCCAGAUCCGCGUAGAAAUGUAACCGAUCCUAUUGGUGAUGUAACUAGAUUUAUACAGAACUUUAAUGAAUUAUAUGGUUCUAAUCAUCCAGUCUUUUAUCAGGGAACUUAUAGUCAAGCUUUAAAUGAUGCCAAGAAAGAAUUAAAGUUUUUGUUAGUUUAUCUUCAAGGUGAUAGCCAUCAGGAUACACCAGAAUUCUGUAGAGAAACCUUAUGUAAUCCUGAAGUGACAACGUUCCUCAACACAAGAUUAUUAUUUUGGGCAUGUAAUACAAAUAGUCCGGAGGGCUAUAGGGUCUCACAAGCAUUGAGAGAAAACACCUAUCCUUUCUUAGCUCUUAUUGUACUCAGAGAAAAUAAAAUGGCUGUGGUUGGUAGAAUAGAAGGACCCAUAGGCCCAGAAGAGUUAUUACAGCGUUUAGAAAGAAUUAUGUCAGAAAAUGAGACAUCAUUAGCGGUAGCUAGAGCGGAUAGGGAAGAGAGAAACUUUAACCAAACUUUACGUCAAGAACAAGAUGAAGCCUAUUUACAAUCUUUACAUGCAGAUCAAGAAAAGGUGAAUUUAUUACAUUUUACAUCUGAUUACUAA